AUGGGAUUUGUAGCAGUUGGGUAUCCGUCUAGGACGAAUAAAAGAAUGAAAAGAAUAAAAGACAGUAAUAAAAAAAUAUGUACUUAUAACAAUAAUAUCACUGAAAAGAAUAGUAAUUCAUCAAAACAAAAUGCCAAACGUCAAAAAAUUGAAAAUACUGAAAAAGUUGAAAUGAAAAUACGCUAUGAUGGAUUUAAUGACCUCCCUCCUGAAAUAAUAGAACAAAUAUUUGUUUAUUCAAGAAUUGGAAACGAUUUUUUAACUUUGAAUAGCUAUAUUUCAUCAUGCAUUAAACCCUCUUUUUCUCUUUUUAAAAGUAUAAUUUGGGCAAGAUACAUUAUUAGUACGAAUGAUUCAGAAAAAAAUCUUAUAAUAUCAACAAAUUUAUUUAACAAUUCAAGAUUAUCUGAGUUUUUCAUUGAAAACUUAGACAUUUAUUUACCAAAGAUUAAAAACUUUGCAUAUCCUGAACCAUUUGAAAAUAUUAAAUCAGGUAAUAUUACUGAUUAUCCAGACCAUGAAGAAAAAAUAUUCUUUACAGAUUCAGUGAUAAAGAAUUUCCGUUUGUUGAAUAACCAUGGUUCUUCCUUUCCUCCAUUACUUAGUUUUUUCAAAAUACAAAAUCCUUCAGAUGUUUUGGUAUCUCUGAUAGAAUGGUAUUUCCAAGAAUCACAUAAUUAUUCAAUCGACGAAUUCUUCAGUACACUACAGGUUAUUUGGAAUAUUGAAGAAAACAAUGUAGAGUCAGUUGAACCUUUGUUGACUAUAAUUAGAUUAUUGUUUACUGAUGGACGCAUUCAAAAUAAUCUAAUAUCAAUUCUGACAGGAAAUUCGGAUUAUUUCAAAUCAUCAUCACAUGAGCAAAUGAAAUUGGCAUUGAUAGAGAGAUAUAUCAUUGAAUUUCAUUCGAGUUCGGAUAUGGUAACUGCACAUUUAUCAGAUUCAUAUAUAUGGAACUUGUUAAAUGAAAUUUCAAAUAUUAAGCUUAUCGAUUUAUUUACAAAACAUGGAGCCACCCCAGCAUUCGAUCAAUUUUUCUGA